UGGGAGCAUUUAUACAUUUAAAUAUGUAUUUAUCUUUGGUCCAGUGCAGAGGAACCGCCGGCCGCAGGUUGGCAGUAAUGCGACACCGUUGGUGUUGACUAGCGCCCAAACCCACCGUAGAACAAGAACUUCCUGUUUAGCCCGACCUCCGCGGUGACAGCGGCUGCCGUUGUGUUGGAGAGAAUCCACUCUGCUGUUUUGGUCCAGAGAAAAUGACAGCCAGGAAGUCUGGUUCACGACUCGAGACCGAGAUAGAGCGAUGUCGGUCCGAGGCUCAGUGGGACAAGAUACCGGAGCUGGUGCGGCAGCUCUCGGCUAAGCUAAUAUCAAACGAUGACUUAGGGGAGCUGUUACUGGGAGAAUGUAAGCUCCAGUCGUACUUGAAGGAAAAUCCCAUCAAACAAGGGGCCAGUCCCAGGGGCCCACGACCUAAACUGCUGGAGGUCAGGAAACACCUGACCGCGGCUCUGGACAGAGGAAACCUGAAGGCCGACUACCUGCAGGAGGCUCGGAUGCUAAUGGCUAAAAUCUGCUACGUGGAGGGAGAAUACACAGAUGCUCUGGGUCACUACAGCACGGUGAACCUGGACGACAUGCAGCUGGUCGGAGCUCCAGUCUACAGACUGUCCAUGAUAGCAGAGGCCUACGCAACCAAAGGACUGUGUCUGGAGAAGGUCCCGGCUGCUUCUCCAUCUCUGUCCAAUAGGAACGCAGGGUCACAACCUCUGAACAGGAACUUAACUGAAAGAGAGCAGGAAAUCAUCACCUGCUACGAGAAGUCUGGAGACAUCGCUCUUCUCUACCUGCAGGAGGCGGAGAAGGCGCUGUCAGCAGGGAUUCAGAACCGCAGCCCAAAACCUGGACCAACAGCCCAGGACCAGGAGCUGGGCUACUUCCUGGAGACUGGUCUGCAGAGAGCCCACGUCAUUCACUUCAAGAACGGAAACCUCACUCAGGGGGUGGGUCGGUUUCGAGAGAUUCUACGAGCCGUUGAGACCAGAACCACACAGAACCUGCGCAUGACCAUCGCUCGACAGCUGGCUGAGAUCCUGCUCAGAGGAAUGUGUGAGCAGAGCUACUGGUCUCCUGUGGAGGACCCGCCCACAGUGUCGCCAUUGGACGAUCCCUCACGACAAGGGAACACCUACAGCAAGAACUACAGCCUGAUCCGCCGGCCGCGGGUGUACUCCGGGGAGACUCUGUUCUGUCCUCAGGAGAACACUGAAGAAGCUCUGCUGCUGCUGCUCAUCAGUGAGUCCAUGGCCAACCGUGACGCCGUCCUGAGCAGAAUCCCUGAACACAACAACGAUCGGAUCAUCAGCCUGCAGUCGGCCUCCGUGGUGUACGACCUGCUCACUAUAGCCCUGGGCAGGAGGGGGCAGUAUGAGAUGCUGUCAGAGUGUUUGGAAAGAGCCAUGAAGUUCGCCUUCGAGGAGUUCCACCUCUGGUACCAGUUGGCUCUGUCACUAAUGGCCGCUGGUAAAUCUGCUCGUGCCGUGAAGGUUCUGAAGGAGUGCAUCCGUCUGAAGCCCGACGACCCCACCAUCCCCCUGCUGGCCGUCAAACUGUGCAUCGGAGCCCUGCACUGGCUGGACGAGGGCGAGUGCUUUGCCAAGAUGGUGAUAGACAUGGGGGAGAAGGCUGCGGAGUUCAGAGCCAAGGGGUACCUGGCCGUGGGACUGGUUUACAGCCUGAAGGCCACGGAUGCGUCUCUGCGCAGCCUCCAGGAGGACUACCAGAGGAAAGCUCUGGGAGCGUUCCAGAGCUCCGCCCCCCCCUCCCCCCCACCCUCAGCUCACGGUCCUUCUGUUUUCAGCCUGCUGUACACCAAGGUGAAGCUGGAGUCCAUGUGCCGAGGACCAGAGGAGGCGCUGCUGAGCUGCAAACACAUGCUGCAGAUCUGGAAGAGCUUCUACAACCUGACCAACCCCAGUGACUCUGGUCGAGGCAGCAGUCUGUUGGACCGAGCCGUCGCUGACCGACGGCAGCUCAACGCCAUGACCCUGCCUGACUUCAGUGACCCCGAGACUGCCUCCUCCUCCCCCUCCUCCUCCUCUCACUCCGACUCUGGACCGGUCACUCCGACCUCUCCCUCCACCUUUUCCACCCUCUCGUCCCCGCUGCCCUCACCCUCCUCCCCCGUUUUCAUCCUCCAACCUCCACCCUCCAGAACCUCGUCCCUCCUCUCCCCUGCUGCCACUUCUCCCGUCGCUCCUGCUCCCACCAAGACGAGGACUCGCUCGUUUGGCAACCGCGUCACUCGGCGGCAGCUGUCGUCCUGCGACCUUCUGGACGCCAACACUCUUGGUUUGUUCUCCAUGUUUUCUGUUAGUUCUGUCCAUGCCACCUCCAUAGCAGCCAGCCGUGUGGAGCAGGCUCUCUCUGAAGUGGCCUCCUCUCUGCAGAGCAGCGCCCCCAAACACGGCCCCCUCCACCCCUGGAUGACCCUGGCCCAGAUCUGGCUGCACGCAGCGGAGGUCUACAUCAGCAUGUCCAAGGCUGCCGAGGCGACCGCCUGCACCCAGGAGGCCUCCAACCUGUUCCCCACAUCCCAUAAUGUGCUCUACAUGAGGGGGCAGAUAGCAGAGCUGAGGGGCAACAUGGACGAGGCCAAACGCUGGUACGAGGAGGCGCUGUCAAUCAACCCCACACAUGUCAAGACCAUGCAGAGACUGGGUCUGAUCCUGCAGCAGCUGCAGAGGUUCAGUCUGUCUGAGAAGGUGCUGAGGGACGCUGUUCAGAAGUUGUUUAUAACCACCUUUGAUCCACCUGAAACCACCUUUGAUCCACCUGUUACCACCUUUGAUCCACCUGUUACCACCUUUGAUCCACCUGUUACCACCUUUGAUCCACCUGUUACCACCUUUGAUCCACCUGUUACCACCUUUGAUCCACCUGUUACCACCUUUGAUCCACCUGUUACCACCUUUGAUCCACCUGUUACCACCUUUGAUCCACCUGUUACCACCUUUGAUCCACCUGUUACCACCUUUGAUCCACCUGUUACCACCUUUGAUCCACCUGUUACCACCUUUGAUCCACCUGUUACCACCUUUGAUCCACCUGUUACCACCUUUGAUCCACCUGUUACCACCUUUGAUCCACCUGUUACCACCUUUGAUCCACCUGUUACCACCUUUGAUCCACCUGAAACCACCUUUGAUCCACCUGACACCUCCAAUCAUGGUUUCUGUCACCACCUCGUCUCCUCGUCUCGUCUGCGCUGUUGCCUAGCGACGCCCAGAGAUAAUCUGGAGACGUUCCCGUGA